CGUAACCAUUCUGGCUCAAGUCAUCAGCGGCACUCACGCCUACUCCAACGCCAUCGCAUACACAAUCUUGCCUCGCGGCAGCGGGCGCCCUUUCCCCUCAGAGAACGCACGUGCGCAUGGCCUUCGUGCAGAUGGCCAUCGUGCGCCUUGGCCUCCUGGUCGUGCAGGCCGGCGUGGUGGAGGGCCUACUCGUUGACGCGGUUCGCGCGCCCUUCUCGUCGAUGUUCUGAAUUUCCUGAACAACAAACACUGGCAGACCUGCUUUGUUUUUCCAGCAUCAGACAAAUUCCAGACUGUCAGUUCAGAGGGGCGUUCACCAGUGGCAAUUACGCGUACCUCACGCCUUACUUCUCAGGCAACGCUGGGUGGGGCGGCGUGCUCGUGCGGUUGGACCUCUCGGAUUUCUCGACGGUGGAAUCGCUGGACCUGAGGACAGUCGACAACGAUCUGCAGUAUUUUGAAGGAGGAUUUGCUCAUGGCGGCUACGGGUACCUGGUUCCAACAUCAACCACAGGGUGGACAAUAUCAUACGACGUCAGAAUGGGCAAAGUCGUCAGAUUCAGCUUGUCAGAUUUCAGCCUCAGCACCGUGCAAGUCCUCGACCUUGCGCAGACCGACGCCACUCUGAAAGGGUUCAGCGGUGGGUUUACCGAUGGCGCGUGGGGUUACAUGGUGCCGUGGUACCCUGCCACCACCGCUGGCCGGAUCCCCAUCUAUUCUGGCAAAGUGGCUCGGUUCAGCCUGGCAGAUUUGAGCACGGUGCAGGUGCUCGACUUAGAGGCGAUCGACCCGAGCCUUGAGGGUUUCUACAUGGGGUUCUUCGCUGGCGGUUGGGGGUAUUUACUCAAAUCCAUGACUAAUAACGCGGAUGAUGGGAAAAUGCUUCGAUUCAGCGUGGCAGAUUUUACUACAGUGGAAGUGCUCCCCAACGAACACCGACGCUGGCCUCGCCGGCUUCUUCGGCGGAUUCACCGACGGUACGUGGGGGUACGUUGUGCCGUACCAUUCGGGGAGUGGCGGAAGUGGCCACUUUGGUAAGGUCCCGCGGUUCAGGCUGGACGACUUCAGUACGGUGCAAGUGCUGAAUCUAGCAGAUCAGAAUCCGGCCCUGACAGGAUUUUACAACGGUUUCACGGACGGUGCGUUCGGGUAUGUGAUGGGCUACGACAGCGGCGCCUACCACAUAGCGGUGGUGAGGUUCAACUUGGCCGAUUUCUCCACCAUCGAGGUGCGCGACUUUGCUUCAGAGGUGGGCAAUAAGGAUCACAUGACAGCGGGCGGCUUCGUGCACGGCGACGACAGCUACGCUGUCACGGCAGGCGGCAGGGUCAUCUGCUUCGACGCCCAGCCUGCCGCCCAGGCGGCUCCGCCUCUGAGCCCGAGCCCGACUACUCGCCCUCGCGCCGCCCGGCGCGGGCGCGGGGGGCCCUUGGGGCCUCCGCCGUCGGCGACCCGCAUCUGCAGAACGUUCACGGCGAGCGGCUCGACCGGAUGAAGGAGGGCAAGCAUGUUCUGAUAAGCAUCCCUCGUGGAAAGAGCCCUGACAGCGCCUUGCUCCACGUGAAGGCCGAUGCGCGCCGGUUGGGUGGGCAGUGCGCGGAUCUGUGCUUCCAAGAGCUGAACGUUACGGGGUCUUGGGCAGAGGCAAAGCAGGCUGGAGGGUAUCGCUACAGCGUGUCGCAUCACGACGUCGAGACUCCGGGGUGGAUUGCCUCUGGCGAGGUUGAGCUAAAAGUCAUUCGUGGACGUACGCACAACGGCCUCCGUUACUUGAGCGUGUACGCGAAGCAUUUGGGUCGAGCGGGGUUUGCUGUCGGGGGGCUGCUGGGGGAAGAUGAUCAUGAGGACGUAAUCGUUCCCACAGGCUCAUGCGCCAAGCAUCUGGCUCUGGUGGGCGACGAGAAAGCGGGCAGCGAAGACCCUUCGGUUGUCUCAGUCGCGUCAGCAACCCUCGCGUAGCUGCGCUGCGGCCUGGGCGGCACCGAGGGCAUCUCCCCGACCAGCUUCGCGAAUGGUUUUCGCCAAGCAUGAGGCUCGCUCUUCCUCCUUCGCCACUUGCGUCUCCGCCCGAAGGGCGCCGGUGGGUCGCAGGCGCGGGGUGGCGUCGGGCUGCCAUGAGUCGGCACUCCCUGCGGGCGCUCCACUUCGCGGGCUUGUCAGGAGCUCAGCGGGACCUCAGAGAGGGCCCCAUGUUGCAUCGCCGCCGCCCUCAUUUACUCCACAUGCGUAGGCACUCAGAGCCGUGAGCGCCACUUAUUGAGCGGUGACGCCAAUUGGGGCGGUCGCAGGCCAGAUUUUGCAAGUCCGUGGCCGCGCCCCCUGAGGCGCUAUCAGUUCGGCGACCGCGCCUGAAGCCAGCGCCGGUGGGCACUCUCCUGUCCUCCCCUCCUCCCCUCGUGCCUGGCCCUCGGCCAGUGGACGGAGCGAAUGCACUCGCGCCGUUGGGCCAGCGCCACUUCUGCUGCUGUUUCGGUUCAGGACUUCCGCUUCUGAAAAAAAAA